CGCAAACCAUAAUUAAACAAAACAAAAUAAAAUAUCAUUUAACAUUUUAACGCCCAUUUGCACCGACUUUUUUUUAAGUGUUAUUUAACUAAUGGACCUUUAACUUUAAUUGCCACUUAAGUUCCAAAUGAUUUGCACAGAAACAUUUUCUCAAAACUUUGCCUUCGGUAAAAUUUGGCAAUGUCGCAAUCACAUAGUGAUUUUUGUGUUUUCUGCACGUUUUCUGUUACAGUUGGUUACAGUGUUAACAGAGAGUGUUAACCUUUAAAAAAUCGAAAUAAUAAUGUUUUAUAGUUUUUAAUUUCGUUAGUGGUAGGGUUGGUUUUUGUGGUGUUUUAAAAAUUAAAAUUAUCAGUUUUUCAAGAUGUCGGCAGAAGCAAAGCGAGUUAGGGGGCUGAAUUUUAGCCCUAGGGAGGUGAACCAUCUUUUUGUAUUGGCACAUCAGUAUAAAAAUAUAUUGGAGAAUAAACAAACAAAUGCUUCCACUAACUCUCAAAAAACGAAGCCUGGAUGAAAAUAGGUAACGAGUUUAAUGCAAUUUCGAUCGAUUUAAAUAACAGAACAAUCGACCAACUAAAAAGAUGCUAUGAGAACAAGAAGCAGGUAAUGAGAAAGAAAAAGGCACAAGUCCGACAGGAGGUCCUGAAAACUGGUGGAGGUUUUCCACCCCCCAUAACCAAGAAGGAUGAACUUGAUGAUUUGGUGCUUGCCACCAUGGACCCUAUUACAGUGGAGGGGCACUAUAAUCAGUUUGACUCGGAUGUGAGUUGCCCAGUCCCUGGAACAAGCUCUGCAGAAAUUAAAUAUGUGUUUGAAAAUUCCGAAAAUGCAUCUGAAAAUGCUAUAGUGGAUGAAGGAGACUAUAACAGCUUUUCUGAAGCAACUCUUGAGAUUAAUACAACACAACUUUCGUCAUGUUCUUCAACGCCUUCAAAAAGAAAAUCAUCUCCAAUUGAAAAAAAUUUACAACAAAAAGUGGCACCUACCUUGAAAGAAGAAGAAAAAAAUGAGAAGUCCAGUUGGAAACAUUUCAAUACAAAUGAUUUGAAAAGACCUUUAAAUCCGGCCCUAUUGCAGCCUGGUACAAGGAAUAAAUAUGAAAUGGAAGAUGAAUCUGAAGAGGAACAAAUAAUUGAUCCAGAAGUGCUAACUGAAAUUGACACAAACAAAAUAAAUAGAGGAAGUGGUGUAGCCAGAGAAGGCACACGUGGAAGAGGAACACCCAGAAGAGGGCCCGAUAGAAGGAGGCCAACUGCUACAGUGGUGAGGACAUUGGCAUCAAAUGCUUUAGCCGAAAAAUAUGAAUACUUGGCGGACAAAAAAAAUAUAAUAGCAGAUCACACCAUAAAAAAAAUAGAGAGAGAAAGGUUGCAUGCUGAGGAGGAGCAUCGUCUUAGAAAAGAAUGCCUUCAAUUAGAUGUCCAGAUAAAAAAAAAACAAUUGGAGAAACUUUCUCAUUAGCUUGUGCUGUGCUUUUUAAAG